CGGGGAUAUUGGAGAAGAAAAGUGGAAGCUACAGAACGGAAAAGGAGGCCGCGGAACAGAAGAGAGGAGGCUGCAAAACAGAAGAGGAGGCAGCAGUGGAAGCACCGGAAGCAGUAGUGGAGUCACCGGAUGUAGCAGUGGGCAAGCAGUAAAGGAGGCAUCGGACACAGCAGCGAAGAUUGCAGAUGCCAGAAUGUAGUCUUUGGUGGAGAUUUAUUUCUGAGAUCUGUUUUAGUGCCAUCGAGGGAAGCGGGGAUAUUACAGAAGUGAAGUGGAAGCUACAGAACAGAAGAGGAAGCUGCGGAACAGAAGAGGACGCUGCAGAACAGAAGAGGAAGCCGCAGAAGAGAAGAGGAAUUUAUAGAACAGAAGUGGAUGCGGCAGAACAGAAGCCAAUGCAGCUGAAGAGAAGGGGACGCAGCAGAAUAGAAGAGAACGUAGCAGAACACAAGUGGACGUUGCAGAAUCAUCGAUGGCAGCACAUGAGACAGUGGCAGUAGCAGAAAAAAGAAGAUAAGUAUCUAUUUCAAUUUCAUUUGAUCUUAUUUAUUUAUUUCUUACUUCUUAUUAUUUAUUUAAUUUUUUUUUAUUUUCUCCUUUUCUAAUACUUAUUUUUGUGUGUUUCAGGAGUUGAGAUCUACGGUAUUUUAGCAUAUUAUCAACAUAUGUGUGUGCCUGUGUUUGUUUCAGAUUAGAAAAAUUUUGGACACCGAUGAUCAUGAACACGAAGAGUUUAUUGGUUCUCGUUUUGCACUUGUUUUUGUUGUCCCUUAUAUUGUCUUUGUCAUUUUGUUUAAUGAUGAUGGGUUCCUUAUUGGCAGUGCCGAAGAAAUGUUGCUGAAUAACAACGUUGGAAUCACUUUUUAGCUUCUAGUUAGGGAGGAUUUAAUCUGUAAAAAACAAUGGUUUGUACGAAAUUUUGAAAUGGGUAAAACGGCAUUAUGAUUGCACUGAGGUUGUAUCUUAGCUUUUUAUAUAGGUAGGUCACAGUGUGGAAAUGAUUGUUGAAAAUGGUUUAGCUUUUAGUUAGGGAGGAUUUAAGCUGUAAAAAACAAUGGUUUGUACGAAAUUUUGAAAUGGGUAAAACGGCAUUAUUGUUACACUGAGGUUGUAUCUUAGCUUUUUAUGUAGGCAGGUUACAGUGUGGAAACGAUUGUUGAAAAUGGUUUAGCUUCUAGUUAGGGAGGAUUCAAUGUACAUUGAAUAAAGGAUUGGAAUUAUUCCUGUGUAUCUUUAGCUUUUUAGUUAGGUAGGUUCGGUCACGUGACUGGAAUAUAUGGUUCAUUUCCUGUGAAUUUGAAGGUAAAAUGUUAAUCGAUGGAUUUGUUCUGAUUUUCUCACCGAUGGGAUUUGUGUGUUGUUUCCAUUAUAGAUACUUUUUAUCAGUAUCAUAAUGGUUUUGUGUGUUGUUUCCAUUAUGGAUACUUUUUAUCAGUAUCAUAAUGGUUUUGUGUGUUGUUUCCAUUAUGGAUACUUUUUAUCAGUAUCAUAAUGGUUUUGUGUGUUGUUUCCAUUAUGGAUACUUUUUAUCAGUAUCAUAAUGGUUUUGUGUGUUGUUUCCAUUAUGGAUACUUUUUAUCAGUAUCAUAAUGGUUUUGUGUGUUGUUUCCAUUAUGGAUACUUUUUAUCAGUAUCAUAAUGGUUUUGUGUGUUGUUUCCAUUGUGGGUACUUUCUAUCAGUACCAUAAUGGUUUUGUGUGUUUUCAAGAUUCAUGCUGAGGUCUAUUCGAAAUUAGUACCGUUUCCGGGUAGGCUAGUUGACAUAUCCAUUUGUGUAACAUUUACAGAAUGUACAUGGGUCGUACGUUCUGUAACUGUACAACAAAUGGAGUAAUACUGAAAAAAUGUAUGAUACUACAUUUGGUUGUAUUAUAGUACAUUUUUUUAUUUGCAAAAGGAAGGGUGGAUGGGUGCGGAUCGGGCGGGUCUCCAGUCGCGGCAACCUCCACGUGGUGAGACCUGGGCAAUCAUAUUGAUCAUAAUGUAAUUACUAAUCAUUUAUAGAAAGUUCAGUUAUUCGUGGCUUAUACAAGCAAGGUAUUAUUAUAUAAUUUAUUAAUUAUUUUAUUAUGAGCAAUAUGAGCAAAUGGCUGCGAGUUUUAUAUAUGUAAAUGCAAUUUUGUUGUUCAUAGUUGCGACAUUUAUGUAGUAUCUAAUUAUUCCCGGUUGCCUUAGAAGCAACUGGCGAAAAUUACAAUUACAAAGGAUUUCCCCCCAUUUGUGGGGAGUUGCGUUUCUAGGGACCCUAGCCUCCUAUUACGCCUACCGAGCAUUCUGUCAAACAACUGGCGAAAAUGAGCUUUUAAGUUACGUUGGUAAUUCAGAACGUUCGCUCCGAGAAUAUCUUACCGGCAAACUGGCUGAUUAGGGUUCUGUUUCUUACUAUGGGCGCAAUACAUUCUAGAGGGCGUAACAACUGUGUAUGUAGUUCCAGUCGUUUUUUAUAGAUGACGUUAGUAUUCCUUUAUUUAUAGAGUAUGUAUUUGAAGUCGUAGAAUAAUUUGACGGCCUCGGAAAAGCCCGAAAGUUUCUUAUUUUGCCAAAAAAUGAAAUUUUCUAUUCUGUUAGUUCCUAAGUUCAUCUCUGUCCAACUGUGUUGGGUCCAUUUCGCCCCAUUUGGAAAUCAUCCAAAGUUUAACUGCAUCUUCCGAAAUUUCCAUUGUGAAGAUAAAUAAUUUGAAAACAUAUUUCACAGAUUGGCAAAAACCUUCUCGAUCACGUUUAACGAUGCAAUAAAAUUUUUAAUAUUUCUGAGAAUACUUGGCAUAAUUAAAAUAAAUGAUUAUUCGCGAUUCAAGCGCGUAAACGCAGAACACCGUAAAAAUAUUUAAAGAUAUUUCAUACCGAACGCGUUGCUUGACGACCACUUGAAAUUUUAUUGUUCUAGUCCUGUCGGAUUUUAUGAUCCCGAAUUUUACGAUAACCAGUCUUUUCCCAGGACCUGAGCUCCAAAAACGAUCCUAAAGAAUAUUCCAUUUAACGCCAUAUCCGUUCUCCGUAGAAAAAUUACCUGUAUUCCGUACAAAUAUUCAAACCUAUAAAGACACUUUUGAUGGUCGAAUUAAAAGAAACAACGAACAUCAAAGGGUAUCGCGUUAAAAUUCAUUCAACGUUCUGAAAAAUGUCGAAGCGAAGACUGAUUUUUUUUCUAAAAGCAUGGUGGGAGGUGAAGGAAGCGGAAAGAAAGCUGUCGAAAUGUCUGGUGAUCAUUCUUCGUUUCAAAACGGCAAAUACGAGUCCCUCUGUUGUCCCGGGUGGUUCCUACGGGGCUAUAAGCCGCUGGUCCAGCCUCUUCUUUCCGCGGCUCAAGAAUGGAUGAUGGAACGGUGGAGCGCCGUCGAAAACGGUGAAUAAACGAGCACCGGCGUGAUUUGUGGGCUGCUUAUUCCGCGCGAUCGUCGCAUUUAUUUCGACGAGCUGCCAUGUCGUCAGCCAUAUCUCGAUGAAGUACAACAGGAAUGUUUGAGAAGGUAAAGAAGCAGGUGUUUAACACUGCCGGUGACAUUCAGAUUUGUUCAUCCUCAUCGCUGUAGACUUUGUUUUGCUUACAUUAGAGCGAUAUCUGAGCUACUGAGUAUUCGGUUUGUAAGAAAAGACGUUUAGCUUUGAUUUCAUUUUAUUUUUAAUUAUUAGCAAAAAGAGGAUGGUCCCAUAAAAAUUGAAUUUAAAUUCAUUCGAGAGGUAAAUAAUAUAUCAACGAAAAAAGAGCGUUUGAUGAUUCUUCAAGGGUAUAGUAUUUUUACCCUACCAUCAAUCUCCAUGAAGCUCUACAAAAAUGCUUUACCCAAGCCCAUCUCCUCUGUAUUUUCCGUUUCAUCGAUUCUUUUCUCAAACAAUAUCCAUAUCUCUAUUUACGGUCCAUCAUCGUGUAUCAUGCUAAGAAAUAAAAACGACGACGUACAACUUCCCUUCAGGGUAUUAUUCCUUCGCUUUUGUUGAUUGCCGUCUAACCGCUUAUCCAAGUAUGCGAAUAUUCCACGGGUAAAACGUUCGGUUUCAUCGAAACAUCUUCCAACAAUGCUUUCAGUUCUGUCUUCAAAAUUUCACCGAACAAACGUAUCAACGGUGGAGCUUAAAAAAAAACGAAAGGAUUAAGCAGAGCUUUCAUCCUCCGUUCUGUCGUUACGUCUACACGCGUAUCGAGUUCUUCUUUUCUUUCAUCCAUUCGAGUUUUUCUCGAUUCGUUAGCAGACAAUCGUGAUUCGUAAGACAGCCUCCCGUUUCCGUUUCGCGGAGAUUGAAAAUGCUUCGAAGGUGAAAAAGAAACUCUAUAGAAACGAGCUACUCUCGAUAGAACAGGGUAGCCUUUCUCUUUAUCUGUUGCACGAGUUCGCUUUCAAUUAACCGAUACAGGGAUAUAAUUAAUGGCCGUUCGAUUAUCAGUAGCCUUUUUCUCGUCACGGUCUCUUGUACCGCGAACGAUAACAGGCCAGGCUGUAUGCAAAUUAACGAAAGCUUGGAGAUCCGCUUUGUGGAAAAUACGCGUCGCGCUAACACGCGGUCGCGAUGAUUUAAUUGCUAUUACCAUAAUAGUGAAUAAUUUUCUCGGCCAGCGGUAAUUAUUAAUUACCUCCGACCACCUGGUAUCGCGGAUAUCAAUCACCAUAAUUUCACCAGUAAGUGCGUGAUCAUUUUUAACACCGCUGAGUUCAGGAUUCGGAUAGUAAUUUUGUCGACGAAAGUUCGGACGAAACUACCCGCGUUACGAUCGAGUCUAUGUGAAAUUAGCCUUAAUCACGAUGGAAAUAUCAAGAGAAACGACCUGCUGGUCUGGUAAUUAACAUGGAAGCCAGCGGUUAGAUCGAUAAGAGGAAUACCGAACGAUGGUAGACGAACGCGCGCCUUAAUUAUCGCGUCAGAGCAACGAUGUGCGUUCAAUAGCAAAAUUACAUCGAACCGGUCCAGGAUACCGGGCUAUAAUAAGCUGCUCUUUAAAACCAACCGACCCUGCUUGCAUUGCUCGUUCAAAAGCUCGACCGCCACGGAACCGUGCUUACAGGAUUUCCGCGAUUCAACGUUCCUUAUUUGGACUCAGCAAUGAGAAAACAGGCUCGGGAAACAAAUAUUCCUCGGGUUGCUUUCAAAUUACACCAACGAGAGAAAGGAUUUCCUCUUCCAGCAACGUAAUUAUUUUUCUAAACAAGAUCUCUACAUUGUUUGCUCAACUAAAAGUUCAUUAUGAUCAUUCAAGUAUUAAGGGCGUAAAUAAGACCUCCAAGGGUUAAUUGGCUUAACGUUUGGAAAGGAAUGAAGAAAUUUUCAAAAAAAAGUAAAAAAAGGGAAAGGUUGUUUCCUGCUGGUUUCACGGAAAGCAGAUUUCAUAUUUAUAACAUCCUAUCUUACCACCCCUCGGUAGGUUUUUAUUUGGUCGACUAUCGCAGCACGUUGUUCGCUAAACAUUUUUGCAAAGUUUGUAAGGAGCGCUGAUGUAAAUAUUUAAUCAACCCUCGACGAUCCCGAAGUAGAACACACGCUUCAACAGGAACGACUCUCGCCAACUUUAAUACGCGUAAUGCACCCCCGACGUUUCAGCGAAUAAAUUACGUUUAUUGAAUGAAAUGUUGCGAUGGCGGACAGCGCGUUAACACCUUCGUUUCGUCGGCAAUAAAUAAGAUUCUGUAAUAACGAAUAGAUUUCUUGACGACUUGGAAGUUUCAUCAGGAUUUACAUUUAUAGGCAAGGAUUCAGACGGUUUGGCUUAUAAUUUUUUCAAAUUUCUUGGCUUAUUUUAAGGAUGGCAGAAAAUGUUCCGAUGUUUUACUGGUAUCACCGUUCACCCUCAUUCCGUAUUCGAGGAUUUGAGACCGCCUUCUGUUUCUCGGCGGAAGCCCGCAAUUUAUUCCUAAGAGCCUAUAAAAAUUUCAGACACAUUGCUCUCGAUGCUCCGUACAAGGUACUCGAAUCGUCUUACGCGUUUGAAACAAGUACGCUGGCCUUUAAUGGCGUUUCUAUUACCUCGUGCAAGUGAUUCCCUUUUUACGGUAAAGAGCACUCCCUUAAGACUGUACCGAUUUUCAGUGCGCAUCUGUUAAAUUUAUUUGCAUAAUCAUACCUUCUCACACUAUUUGUAACGAACCAUAAUCACUGUUUAUUUGCAACCAGCCUCCUACUAAGUGUUGUGUUCCUUCGCAAAUAGGAUCAGCUUGUUUCACUUGAACAAAGUAAAUAGAGAGCUCGCUUGUAUCAAACUUUGUAAAUCCUCUAAUUUAGGUAUUCACUUCCUUCCACUAUAUGAAACUUCGUCUCCUCGUACCUACUUACAUAAUUAUGUUCUAACACGUGAAGCGGGGUCUGCUUGAUUUUUGAAACAAAGUUUUACAUAGAAGUUGCUUUAACAUCUUUUUUUAAUUCUGUCACAAGGUUGAAAAUCCCAACCCAACUUGUGGUAGUAACACAUUCCUCCGACCAUCUUUAUCACAGCCUACUAAAUUACUUAUGUAGCACUUUGACGAUAAUUAUCAAGUCAGCAACCCAUUAGCCGAAGUGCGCUUCGACGAAGCUUCGACGUCGUUGAAGUCCUCUUUUUUCCUUUUUUUUUUUGAAUAUGGAAUUAAGCGGAUAUACCCGAUACCUUGUUCCCUUGUCGUCUCGUUCCACGCCAAAGCUUCUUUCAAUGAGCUCAAUUUGCCGAUAUCGAGGCUGAAAGCCUCAAAAAAGGUACACGAUCGACGAUCAGCGCGCUUUGACACUCGUUCCACGCAGCGAACGUAUUUUUUUCCACGCGUUUCACGCGGAUACAGAUGGCGAAACAUAAUUUUCGGAUCGCGUCAAACGGUGGUCCGGCAGAUUUUCAAGCACUCCUCGCAGGUAUGCGGUAUUUUAUUAAACCUAUAUCACGCGUCACAGUCCAAUUUCCACUGCAGUCUUCUUUUUUUUUUUUAGUUCACUCUCUGUCGAAAUGCAAAAAAAAAAAAUGCAUAGCGCGAAAAUAGUGAUCGAAAAUUGUUCCAUCACUGAGAGUUAGUAGAGUUGCAUGGAUGAAGGGAUUCUUUUGGAUUAAAAGUACCACUUACUACUUCGUUUGAAAUAAUUCAUUUUUCUUCUUUUUUUAAAAAUAGGUUGGUGCAUUGUUUUUACAGAGAACUUAUUAUUAGUACAUAGGUGUUAUUAAAGGUGGUCACGUGUUGUUGCCCUGUACACGCUUAUUAGAAGAUUAAUAACAAGUGCAGCCCUUAGCCACUUAUUUUUCCCCUUUCGUUGAAAUCCAUUUUUACAUCCCUUUGAUCUACGUCAGAACACGCGAUAAACGUCUGCAGACACGUGACUUACGCGAAUGUGUAUCAACGCGAAGAAAACAGAGUGGCUUCGGUUACCUGGCUGAUGUAUUAAUUCGAGCGGAACAACCUUCCGUCGUAUUUUGCAUAGAAAAACAUUUACAUUCGCGGAUAUCGUAUAUAUGGACACGCGCCCGCGGAAAAUUUGAAAUUUAAAUUAUGCGCGAGCUAUCGUAACGCGUGACGCGAAGCAACGCCCUUACCGUGUCGCGAUCUUUAUUGAAAAUGCAUCUUUUAACUGAUUCGCUACUCGAUUCAUGAAUCCCUUCGUUUAUUAUUCCUACGAUUCUAUAAUUAAACGCGGUCGCCAAUUAAUUUCAUAUACUAUGGUUGGUGAAGAAAGAAAUGAAACGCUUUACCAUUUUCAACGCGAUUCCUUCUUGUAGAUUUAUUAUUGUUCGGAAAGUCAGAUUUAUUUUUAUUCGUGUCAAUUCCCACAGUAUUUCCAGCAGCAUCAAUCUACCGGUGUUUCAACGACGCAUCGUAACCUGUAUUUUUGGCUUGUCUAUAGCGAACCGAUAUAUUGCUAUUCGACGCUCAAAGGGUUAUUUCAUUCGCGUGGUUUCGCCCCUCGUAACCGUUCCCAGAAAUUUAUUUUACAGCCCUCCGCUGUAAAGUCUCUACUAACGCAAUGAAAACGGAAAAGCGCGCUUCAAAGGGUGAAACGAAACGUUGAAAGUAGGCGCUUCAUUGAACCAUCCGCAAUUAAUUAUGAAACAAUACGAUCGUUGCUGAUAAAUCAAACAAAUGUUGUCCAUCGUGUUACAUAGCUUCUUAUAAAACCAGUUUUUUCUGUGUCAUAAUUCUUCGUCGAAAAUGUUCAUUAUGAAACGUCUAAUUAUCAAAGUGUUACCUGCAAAGUGACGAUCCGAGGCCAUAAAUUCCUUGGCUCACAAUUAAGCAACUCUGACCACGAUGCUAAGAGCACACCAAGACAGCCGCUUAAAUCAAAGAGACCGGCAUGAAUGGUGUUAAUCGACAUCGUCGUUAGUGGAGCCACGGAAGCGUUGCCGGCAAGAUCGUCGCUGCUUAUUUGGGGAGGAAAUAAGCAGCUAACGCGUUGCAUUUCCAGCUGCUAUGCAAAGUCAUUUCGACGGAGGAUCGACGCGUAUUUCGUGUUUUGUACCGCGGUAUGCAGGCGCGAUAAGCUCGCUGGGUUUCGUGACUGUUCAUCCCAGCUAAUCCGGCUCCGACCGGACGAGAAAUGGUGUCCCUUGAAAAGCGCUGUGAAUAACGCGUCCGUGACCAAUUCACGCUCAGGGAACCAGGGUGCUGAUGAAAAAGGCAACGACACCUGUCCAAGUGUUCCGUGAAAUCGUGACACCGUGACCAAACGGAUGGCUACGGCCGUCAGGUGAAAAAAGCGAGCCGGAUAAAAUAUUAUUCAAUUAUUGUAUACACAGAAAGACAAGUUAGAUUUCACGAAGAAAUAUUCGUCCAGAUUUCGUUCAGUUUCGUGUUGUAACUCAUUACAUUCAAAACGGGAAGUAUCUCAGACUCACGAACCUCUGUUCUAAACACCCUAAUUUUUUCCUCGAAUAGUCUUUAAAGAAAACGACCGUGCUCCCUUUACCGUCGUAGAAAUAGCCAGUAAAGUUCCCAUGGAAGCAGGUCUCGUUCGUUAAAUAUUUAUGAGAAGUACCGUUACCUUCGAUGUGUUUUUUCAUUUUAUUUUAUUUUUCUUUUUCUUUUUUUUCUUUUUUUGGUGCCCCGUUUUGUUUUUCUCCUGUCUUUUCACUCGAGCGUACAUACACACGCUAGCGGAAACUUUACAACGGCCUAGGUAUUUGUCGGUGGCCGUCCAGCGCAGCGUCCGACCCGAGGGGUCAUUUGUUAUAAAAAUGGCCCCGCAUUGUAAACGGAGGAAGGACGCGAGAGUAUGUCCUUGCCAGCAUUUUCCCGUCCACGGUUCCAGCUAUUUUCCAAAACUUUCCAAAAACCGUCAUUCUCCUACGUUGGACGAUUUCCUGUUAACGUACGCUCACCGGAAGUUGUUGCGAAACAAUUAACGGUGUCGCUUCAUAGAAAGGGUGAAACAGAAAAGAAGAAAUUUCGUCUUUCAAUUGGCUACUUUAUAUCGUUGAUGGAAAGGAAUUAGUUGAAUUUGAUGUAUUCGUUCGUAACAAUAGAGGGGGCUAAACACUCCCCAGGGAAGAAUUAGAGCAGCCACGCGAGCGAAGCUUGGUGCAUGAUUUUAAAUCAGCGCUUUGUUUCGCGGGACAAAGUGAAACAAGCCGGUAAUUUGCCCCACCUCCGUUCUAUUUAUCGACGUUACGAAACACUUUAAUAGUGGUUGCUGAUUUUAUUGCAUUACUCCUGCCGCGCAUACUUCUCGUUGAUAUUGCAGCGAGAAAGAAAACCAAAGUAAGGGUACAAAGUGAAAUCACUUCGAGUUUCUCGAUGAAGAAAGAAUUUUGUAAGUACCUCUUUAUUUUCGUCGAAUUUUUCUUAUAUCAUCAGCCGAGAAUUGGUUGAAAAUUCAUUAAACAACUUCGUUAAUAAUCGGAAAUAGCUUUCCUUUGUUCGAUGCAUAUUCAUCGUGCUCAAAAAAGUACUAUUAUUCGUGUUUUCGAAAAUCAACAGAAUCGAACGGCGACGAGUUGUUAACAAUACUUCAUUGUUGUUACUAGCGUGAAAUGGUUACAGUAUGAAAUUACUUUCGAACUGGCCAUCGAACAUGAAACGCAUUAUUAAACACAUAGAGGAGGGAAAAAUUGUUAAAUUCUUAAGUGGUGAUAAAAGUUUCUCAUUCGAACUUGCGAAGUUUCUUCUCCCCGAAGAUUUACUUUUUACUUUAGUAAUGAAGUUCUCGAACAUUGUAUUAAUUCUUCAACAAAAAUAAUUAAACAAAGUAAUCCUUAAAUGUGAUGCUUUGCUGUCGUGACAUCUUCAUCGCAGACGCAUUAAGUUUGUAGCCACGUAAGCAAUAGCUUACAAUGUUGGAUCCGUCAGACACUCCACAGGUUGAUACUACUGGCAGAGCAAUAUUAGUUUACUCUACUCGCAGAGUGACUGUGCUCGCUGACACAUUGACCGUUUUACGUUCCACAGAAGGAUGUGGAUUGCCUUAGAGUUUUCGCAAUGAUGUUUACUUCUUUUCAAUAAUGUCAUAUGAACGUUCAACCCCAAUAUCGCAUAAAAAAUAAAUUAUCAAUCUAUUUUGAUCCUCUAAUUGUUGAACCUCAAAAUAACAAAUGGGUGUAUAGUUUCCGGUUUAAUAGGUUAAGCAGUCUUCUCAGCCUGUAAUUAUCAUUUAAACUGUUCGCAAGCUUAUCGAGAAUCGAAUCUGAAACGGCAUCCUCAAGGAUCCGGAUCAGCCAUGUCCUUAAAGCCGGUGCAAUUCACGUAACCAAGUGCAAUAGUCCUGCAGCGAAUACAGAUGCAUGUCGCGUAGUUGCAGAAGGAGAAAAAAGCUUCAAGUUCGAGCGUCUCCAGGAAGCUCGAGGUUAGGCGCCUCUCUCGUAUCAGUGGCACAUAUACAGAAGGGGUAGGCGUGGCACCCUGUGCUGGCCCGUUGGGUGCUUGCGCGUGCACACACCGAGCGACAGACACACGCGUGUGAUGUAGAAAGAGACGUGAGUGCGAUGAGGAACACUGUCUACAUUAAAUAAAGACAGAUGUUACGCGAUGGAAAAAGCUCAAGUGCACGGUUGCAAGAGAGAUGGAAUAUUGGUUAGUAGAAGGAACGAACAGGGUAGAAAUAUGAUAAGGAACAUUAUCAGAGGGACAGAGAAAUGUGAUAUUGAUAAAAAAAUAGGUGAAAAAGAGAUCGUAAUCUAGAGCAAGAGAGGUACUGUGAACAUUAGAAAAACAAAGAGAGGGGAGCAAAAGAUUUCGUACAUCGUGAGAGGAAAAGAGAGGGAAUGAUUUCGAAUGUAGGAGAGGGGGUACAGUUCAACGAGCGCGCGCGGGAGUGGGGGGCGAAGGAGAGCGAGACGGGAUAGUGGUUUCAGUCACCGCCCGAUCCUCGGCGCGCACGGUUUUCGGGUGGAUAUUCUUCGCGUCUUUCUCGUGAGAAUUUGCAAUUAACGAGGUCGUUUAAACAGUGACCCAUACCAUGGCUGUCGGUUGUUCACUACCAGAAUUUUGAUAGUACUUAGUUAAGCUUCGGAGCACACGGGUGCAGUGAAAUUAACGGAACUUGUCUCAAGUUUUAUCGAUGAUCUUGCUCGAAGGUUAAGUGUCUGCGGAUGGAUACAAUUUUAAGACAGUUUUAUUGAAAUGACGUGAAAAACGAGGACGUUUUUACGGUUUAAUUAAACACGGAUAGGACGUACAGUGUUGGUGACGUGCGAGUAUAUUGGUACGGUGACAGUUAUGGAAUAACCUAGAAUUUCAUGUACGCCAUUGUGUGCGCGGGUAUCGAUGUAUCGAUCGAGGCGAUCACGUGGGCGGUCGAUCUUGACGAGUGACGCUACGGUGUAACGAAUCUUUACCUGGGGUCUGUCAAGCCAGAGGAUAUCGUUAGUGCGUAGAACGACAGUCGUGUGUGGGACAUUUCUCCACGUUUUUGCUGGGAAAAGAGAGGGCGACGGAUUUACACCCUUCUGCGGAUUUCCUGAUUUUCAACGACGAGAUGCAGGAAUUGGAGCAGUGGUGUCAAUCGUUCGGAAAACUUUAGAUCGAGGCGGUAGAGUAACGUCACCACAUCGAUCGGUCCCUCCCGAUGCUCCAUUCAUCCCCUGCAAAGCCAAAGGUCGGACAGGCAGGGGUCACAGAAGAAUCGGGACUACCGGACGCCAGGAUUUCCUCAGCAAACGAGAUGACUGAUGCGUCGAGCUUCUCCAGGCAACGACGAAAAAUCGAACAAAGAUGAAGGAGAUGGAGCAGAUUCCUGAAGGUUGAGAGCGAGCGGAUCCUUGAUAUGACCGGCUGGAGGAUGCGGCCGACUGCAUCGGCGCUCGGCGUCAUCGCCAUUGUCUCCGUCAUGAUUACUGUCACAGCUUCCGAAUCGAGCAGCGACACGAUCGAGCACAGUAUCAAUCAUCCCGAAGUGAAUGAGGAGAACCAGAGGAACCAGUCUGACCCCAUCCACGAGAACAGCACCGACAGCGAGAUGUUCCACGAUUCUCAACUGAUUCAACCAAGGUUCGACGACUCGUUAAACGCGACACGGCUCGUUCAAGAUAUCAGUGCUGAACUUCAGAGGGAUCAAAGCGCAGCCGUAUCGUUCGCGGCUGAACAGAACGAGGUGGAACGUGAACCUGAACAGUCAGAACAGAGACCGGUGGAACGUAAUAACAAAAUCCAAGGCAUAAGUAGGAUAUUCCCUACGUCGACCGAGUCUGUUCGAGAGAUUGUCUCUAGUACAGCUUCCUCGAAGAGCGAAGACGAGUUAAAUCGCGUCCAGGUGGACGAGCAAGCGUCCUACACCCUGGAUGAACAGGGGAUAACAAAUGGUUUGAAAGUAGAGAUACAGAGAGACUUUAUCUUCACUACGACGUCCAGCCGGGAAACAAUCGCGACCGACUCGAGGCAGAUCGAGGAGAAGAACGUGGAGGACAUCAGGGCGAUCUCGUUCCAAGUACCAGCAGCUGGAGAGGAGACGCGACAACAAGAACAACCGAGAAAUCCAGGUGAAACAAGGAAGGAUCAUUCCAGACCGGUGAACAAUCUGCUGUUAGCCGGAGGCAAGUCCACCAAGGGUUUCUACGAGAUAAAACCCUCGAUCAAGACCGAGAUGGAGGACGAUCAGACAGUCAGCAGCACCCAGAGACCAUUGCCUGGAAAGAAAUUCGUGUUGCCGAGCGUGGACAGCGCGUUCGGCAAAUUUGGUCCUUAUUUCGAGGAUGGGGAUCAGGAUAUGAAUAUCACUGCCAGGAUAGGGAGCAAGAUGCUCCUCGAUUGCAAGAUCGGGAUGCUUGGUGAUAAAGAGGUGACGUGGCUGCAACAGCACAGCAAGGAUUCCCUUCGAUUGCUCACAGUUGGCAAGAAACCGUACAGCGCGGAUCAAAGGAUCACUCUGAACUUUCGGUAUCCAAGCAACUGGAGAUUACAGAUCCUGUACGCGACUCCGAGGGAUUCUGGUCUCUACAAGUGCCAAGUUGCGACACAUCCACCUUUGGUUAAGAAAAUUAACGUCGUCGUCACGGCGCCGGAAUUGACAAUAACGGACGAUUCUGGACGAGUUGUGCCUAAAGAGAGGCACCUAAAGGCAGGCAGCGCCCUGAAACUCAGGUGCGAAGCUAGAGACGUCAUUGAGUCACUCAACGAGGCCGUUGUUUGGACCAGGGGAGAUGAAACGCUGACAGAAGAUGUCAGCGAGAACAGGACGACGGAGACCUCGUCCGGCAAGGAGGUCCUCGUGAUCGUCAGCACCUUGAUCGUCGAGAGAGCCACCCCUAGACACGCUGGGAACUAUAGCUGCGUGGUGCCAGGGAAAGCGAAAACCACCAUAGCGGUCCACGUGCUGAACGGAGAGCUGCCAGCUGCGGUGCACGACGGUAACGGGGUCUCCAGGGCGUUUCUGAACCUCUGGCUAAUUCACUUAACCAUAAGCUACGUCUUCUCUAGAUGACAAUAUUAAGGUUAUUUCAACAACGUCGAGAGGUCCUCUGGCAUUUCACACGCGGACAGGAGCAGCUACGAACACAUCGGCGUGAAAUCAAGGACUAAAACACUGAUUAUCCUGUUCGAUCCUUGAUCAGGAUUCGGCUGCAUAAAAUAAGCCGGUGAAUCGUUUUUACAUUUAAUAACAUCUCAUCUUUAAUCGAUCGAUCAGUAGCGAAGGACUCGGUGAUCCUUUUUUUGUUUCGAAGAAUCAGCUCAAUCAGCAUCGGAAUGUCUCUGUUUCUUCGCCUGGGAAUGAUCGCCGUUAUAAAAGUGGGCCAUUAUUGUACAGUCUAAUUUAGCCGGACACUCUAGAGUGCGUGGACAGUCUUGAAGAUUAUCUGCUAGUGUAUGCUUGUCGAGUGAGAACGAUGAAGGACGUGUUACUUCGAUAGGAUUUAGUCAGAGAUUUAUCAUCUGUUAAGAGGAAUCUUGUUGGAAGAAACGAAGGAUUAUCGAUCGUUUGGUAAGUUUAACAUUCUAAUUAUAUUUCCUCUUGAUUGCGAUUCGGGCAAGUCCUUAAUUUAAUCGAGAUCUCGGUACCUCGUGAAUGGUUUAUCGCAUUGUAAUACUUCACUUGAAGAAUUCGAAUUUAUUUGAUGUCGUUAACUCGGAGAUACAAGUAAUCGCUCGAGUGUUAAUGUAAUGGCACUGACAGUUCUACCAAGUGGAACAAUCAGGAAGUCCAUCGUCUGAGCUCUGAGAAACUUCAGUACUGCGAGUACACUUGUCGAAUAUAUCGACUCAAGAAACUCUUAGAGACCAAAGUGGUACACAUUCCUUAAUUGAACGCUAAGUCUACAUCGAGAGACCCUUGUUUUAACACUAGAACAAUUUGCUCUACUUUGAUGUUAAAAAACAGACCAAUUCGAAUUUACGAGUUCUAGUUAACUUAGAUCCUAUGGGAUAUUAAAUUUCCUUCAAAGUUUCCAAUUUUUAACUUGAAGAACUAAGAAAUUCUUCAACUAUACUUUAGCAACUUUGUACUCGGAAAAUUUUUCAUUUUCAAUGUUUACCCAGAGAAAUGUUGGUUCAGAGUUUCUUAUCAAGUUUUUAUUUUCAAUAAUUAAUUAUUAUUUCUUACCAUUUUUCUGCGAUAAAUCAUCGCGCAUGAUUUCUACAGAAUUCUUUUCGUCCUUGUCCCUUUUCCUUUCGUUUAUCUUCGACGAACUGUUUGUAUACCAAUCCGUUGCUCCUCGCCACGGGAUCGGCGAGGAAAAAAGAAACUUCCGGGUCCGGAAAGUGAGGACGAUCGUCGCCAAAGGGGACGGGAAGCAAAGAUAGUUGAAUACGAUGAAUUGCUCAAGGAAGACGGUACUUAUUCGAACAAAAAGAUGCAUUCGCCUGGUUUGAACGGCACGAAACUCCGAUUUACGCGAACCGCCAUUCACGAGACAGGAUUUCCAGUUCAGAAAUAUGGUAUUUGAAAGGAGAAGAAAGAGCUGAGAAAUCGUUGACCAAUUCUCAAGCUUUUAUAUUUAGGAUAUCUUUCAAUUCAGCUCGAGCGGAAUUAAUCGUUAACUUUGAUAUUCAAUUCUUUCCAAUACGAACUAUCAUUAAACGCAAAAUUUCGAAAAAUUAAUCAAGAAGAACACCUUCACGUAGAGGAAAUAUAAUUUGAAAGGAAAUAUCAGGUCAUUUCAUAAGUCUUUGUCGAUCUUUUCUAUGAAAUUUUUCCAUCAUUUUCUCGCUUUAAAAUGAAAAUCAUUGUUUAAUAAUCUUUUGAAAUCACCUGAUAUGGAAAAGACUAGGGUUGGAAAAUUGGCAUGAAGGAUCGAAUGUACAUAACGCGUAUUUACCAUUUCAUUCCAUUUUAUUUAUACUAUAUAUGCAUACAUAUAUGGAUAGAGGAAGUGAAGUUACGUGAAGUUUUACUGAAAGCCAAAGAAUGAUCCAUGCGAAGCGACGGGAAAAUAGGGAACUGGUCCAAAGUUGAACGCUGUUUAAAUGUACAAGCCUUUCUCCCCAUUCUUCCCUUCUUUUUCGCGUUUCCUGAUGAUCCGAGAACUCGCUAUUCAAACCGUGCCAGCGUCUUCAAUAUCCGUGAUACAAGGCAGAGGGGAGUGCUGGCACACAGAGCACGCCAAGGAUCAACGUAACAGCACUCCUCGAAGCCGGGAUUCAAGGCAAUAGAACGUGCAAUUUUCCACCGAAGAAGUGCUCCUCCAGUCGAACUUCCAGGACAUCAAGGACUGUACUGCAAUAUCCUCGGAGAAUAAUUCAAUUUGUUGCCCCGGGGGGAUUUCUGUCGAACACGUGUACAUUCCACUAUCUUUUUUUUUAUUUUGGAUGCUUUUCGUAGCGUCCAGUUGUACAAAGAGUAUCUGCAAAAAUCUCGUAAAUUCACCUGAAAAAAAAAGAAAAAAUAAUGCAUUCCGUUCGAAAUCCUCUGGUUCCGAACGCAGAACAGAAUAUAAAAUCGGAUCAGUUGACAGCGGAUCGAAUCAGGCCAGUUCCAUUUUUCCGUUGAUCGAAUACGAAGAGACUUUUCAUGGAAUCACGAGCACGAUACUCGUGAUUCGCCGAUUAAAGAUCGCGACCGCGAUCAUGGAGAAUGAUACAUGUUGCAUCCAUCGUUUCGACCAUUUUCCUUUUCACUGUUCGCCGUAAGCGUUAGAAACGUGAAACGUGAUCGGGAUAUGAUGUUCUGUAACAUGAAACAUGGAAAGAGGAAAAAGAAAACGUAUCAAGGCUCGAGAAAAAUGAUUUUAUCUCUACAUAUUAACGUGCACGAUCUAUACAUAUUAUAAAUAGGCCCGAUCGAUCGCGAUAAGAUUAUAUUUUUAUAUGUAAAUAUGGCGUUCCUUCUUGUUAUCUUAUUAAAAUAUAUUCAACGAGGCGGUAGAUAGAGAAGGGAGACGAUACCUGCGAUCGAGUAGUAGGCGUGGACGAGAUGUAUUCUCGAAACGAACGAAUUGCUUUAACUCAUGAAUGUUUCAUAAGAAAUGGCAAGCAGGUAUGGGAGCACCGAUUUUACAGAGAUCCGUGUUCCUUUGAAAUUCGUAGUCGUUUCGCUUCAUGUGGAAAUGAGAGAAAUCCCCUUUUCAAUUUUACCCCAAUCAUUAAGGAUGAAAUUGUUGGUUUGAGUUUAAGUGAUAUAUAGAAACGAAGGUUGUUCCGUGCUGAACAUAGGCGCGUUAAAUAUGGGUAGUGUUAAGGGAACAACAGGGUGAUGGUCCAGUCCGAGUUUUGGGGCUUGUCGGCCACGUAAUGAGAUUAUGUUUGCAAUGCGGCAACAGGAUGCGACAGGAAAUGUUACGCGCGGCUCGACAUCGCUGAGAAUUGUACAACUGUGUCACGGAGACGGGUAGAAUUUCGUUUUCACUCGACCAUGGGUAUUGUAAUUCCACACACCAGAGAAUUAUGUUUGGAUCUUUGAACCGAUUGUUUUCAACCGGUUACAUUUGAUUCUUCAACGUAGAUACAGCGUGUUCCGAUUGGAAUUCUUAUAGAUUUUUUACAGAAGCAAGAAGGAAUUUUCUUUUUGACAAGAUAUUAAUUUCGUUUCCAUCACGAGAUAAAAAAAAACAUAGUCACGCAAUGCUCGCGUCAGGUUUUCAUGAAAUUGUACUGUCAGCGUGAUGUCAGGAUCAUAGUAUCUCUAAAAAUGGUGAGAAAUUCUAGUUCGCUAUAGCCAGCUUGCAAAAACUGUUUUCGUGUAUUAUUUUGGUAAAGGUACUCUGCAAUUUCCCGAUGAUCGAAUCUUGAAAUGAUUGAUAGUGUACGUAGAAAUUUACCUCUACAGUUAAUUAAUUAAAAUCGACUGAUUGUUACCCAAUUUUAACAUUGCUCAUCAAUUUUCAUCAUCAUCGUAUAACAUAAAUUUCAUUAAACUACAUUACCAUAUAACAAACCGAACAGUCUCCAAGCAAUUAUUAAAUUAAUUUACAAUGAAAUUGCAGUUGACCUUUGCCAUCGAAUGCGGUGGCACUCGAGUCAAUUUCCGGUUCGUUCGUCCCUGAAAUCUCCUGGAAAAUAUAAUUUACCGAUGCAUGGGGUUGCAACCGAAAACCGUGAAUGCCCCAUCGCGAUACGUACGAACUUGGUAUUCGCAAUAAUACAGCGGAUCCGGAAGCACCUUUUGGUCAGAUGCAAUUGCACAUUCUUCCCACGGUUCCGGUCUGAUCUUCCUGCUACCGGCUGCAUUCCACGAAUACGCUACCCCUUGCUACGAGAAUUUGGUCACAAUCGAAGUACCAAUUUCUCGGCCAGACGAUUCCCGUUUCCGUAUAACCGCGACCCAACGGUAAUUGGACAUUUUUCGUAAUGGCAAACUUGGAAACAAGUUUCGGACAGAAUCGUAGCGGUGAUUUUUCUUGCCUUUAAUUAGUCACUUUGAGUAUUUAGAAAAUGAACAACUUUAAUUGAUUACUAAUUAUAAAUUCUUUCAGCAGUAUUAAAUUAUUAGUGUGCUAACGAACAUCGUACCAUUCAGUCCGUUUAAUUAACGAUAAAAAGGAAGAUUCGCCUUCGUUAUAAUUUUAUAAAACAGUUCGGCGAAUAUUCGUAACCGAGGCGUAUUGUCUAAAUUGAAUCGCGAAGAUGGUCGUUGUACGAGAGAGGGAAUAUUGAAACAAUAGAAACGAAAAUGGUAUCGUUUGCCAAAUGAAAUUGUUGUUGCCAAGAGGGGAACAAGCGCGAUAUGGUAGCCAUAGUCUAAUUUAUACUAAUGCAUUCACCGCAACAGUUGAUCCGUUCAGAUGUUUAAUCAACGACUCCCAGUUACGUUGUUCGGCCUGGAAGCAUCGGCUGUUUCGUUAUUAUGGCCGGAGUUACAACGAAACGUUGUCUAGUAUUCCAGAAUCAGUGUUUAUUUAGAAAAGUUGCAUGGUAAAUGAAUUCUCUUGCGAAUACCUACCUCCAGGUGCAAAUGUUCUCUUUCUUUCGUUCCUUCUUUUGUUCCUUUGUCUUCGAAAUUUCAAUUGGCACGUUGAUUACCACGGUAGAGGUAUGUUUACUAUAUUCUAAAAUUUUCAUCAGAUGAAGUAUAUUUAUUUCCACAAAAUUUGAUCUAUUAUUUCUAUUAUUAUAAUUGAAAUUAAAAAAUAAAAAUGAAGUGGUAAUCAAGGUGUUAGUAAAAUAAAAUUAAGGAUGGACCAUCUACCUUAGAAAAGAAUAUUAAAAUGAAUCGUAUCAGAACGUGCUCCCACCUGCGAUUCACGAGAAAGAGAGAGAGAGAAGGUAUUACCACUAAUUAUAGUAAUAAGUUGUAUAGUUGUUUCUAUAUAAAACCAUACUACGAUAAGAUAACAUAAUACCAUAAAGUCCCUCGCACUUAUCGACAUCACCGCUGUAAAGAACGUAAACGACGAAGUAAACUCGACGCGUUCUAGUCGUGAAUAAGCAAAAGAAGAAUGAAUAUCGAAAGAAAGAGUGAUGAAGAUGAAAAGGAAUAAAUUAAAAGGGGCGGCUGGACGCGUCCGUUUCGAAGCUGUAUAUGUAAAGCAAUUGUGAGUUAUUAAAUAAACGAAUUGAAAG